AUGAACUGCCCUUCGCGCAACGACGACAUCACGCUGGAGCACCCGGACUGGAACCAGAACCCGCCCUUCCUCGCCGCCGAUCUCACCACCUGCGAAGACCUGAACGGCAUCGCCAACGCACGCGAGCAGCGCAGAGCCCGGGGCGGCGCCGGCGAUGGAUUCGACGGCCGGGGUGACGACAUGAAUUACCAGACGUUGCCGCGUCUGCAGCCUGAUCGAAGGCUCCGCGUUUCGGGAGGGUGGAAACACGGUUUCCAUCCCCGAAACAAAAAGGUGCAUGGUGGUGAUGACCAUACGCCUCUCCUCCGGGCCUCUGCGCCCGCCCGCUCCGCCCUCUGGGGCUGGGUGAGCUGGAUCAUGUCCGUCUUCGGCUGCGCGGCCAUCAUCUCUGCCCUCAAGAGUCCCGAGGCUGCCGCGUCGUUCCUCGUCGCAUCCAAAGAAACCGCUAAUUCCAUCACUAAACGCCCCGCCCGCGUCACCCGCAGCUCAACCUGCCCGACUGGCGGCCUCGGCGACGAAGCAGCUUACAACACCCCCCUCCACGUCGGCGCCCUAUUCAUCAUCCUCGCAACCUCCUUCCUCGCCUGCGCCUUCCCGCUCAUCGCAAAGAGCGUUCCCGGCGUCCGCAUCCCCCGCCCCUUCUUCUUCGCCGUCCGCCACUUUGGCACCGGUGUCCUCCUCGCCACCGCCUUCGUCCACCUCUUACCCACCGCCUUCAAUCUCCUCGGGAACCCAUGCCUCAGCUCCUUCUGGGUCGAGGACUACCCCGCCAUGCCGGGCGCCAUCGCCCUGGCUGGCAUCUUCCUCGUCACCAUGAUCGAGAUGGUCUUCUCCCCCGCCCGCCAGAUGAGCUGCAUCCCCGACGACGCCGUCCUCUCCCCGCACCGGCCCGGCUCCGCCAACGAAGACGACCGCCGUGACCGGGGUAGCUUCGCGCAGGAGAUGGCCCCGAGCCGCGGCUCGACUGGUAACCUCGGCCGGACACUCUCGCUCAUCGCACGGGAGAACGGCGACGAAAACGAGCAGCAGUGGCGCACGCAGGCCGGCGAGAAGCGCGUCAUCAUAGACGAGGAGAGCCGCACCAUGCAGGUCAACCCGAGCGGCGCCGUGAUCCUCACCCCGGCGCAACAGCACCAAAAGGACAUCCUCCAAUGCAUGAUGCUCGAGGUCGGCAUCCUCUUCCACUCCGUCUUCAUCGGCAUGACCCUCAGCGUCUCCGUCGGCCACGAGUUCGUCAUCCUCCUCAUCGCCAUCGCCUUCCACCAGACCUUUGAAGGCCUUGCCCUCGGCUCCCGCAUCGCAAACAUUGACUGGCCCCGCGGCAGUCUCCAGCCGUGGAUGAUGGCUCUGGCCUACGGCUGCACCACGCCCAUCGGCCAGGCCAUCGGCCUCGCGACCCACCGCCUCUACAGCCCGAACUCGGAGUUUGGGCUCAUCCUCGUCGGCACCAUGAACGCCCUCUCGUCGGGUCUGCUCGUCUUUGCUGCGCUGAUUGAGCUUUUGGCGGAGGACUUCUUGUCGGAUGAGAGCUGGCGCGUCCUGCGGGGCUCGAAGCGCGUUUGGGCUUGCGUGCUCGUCUUCUUUGGCGCUUUUGGCAUGAGUCUUGUCGGAGCGUGGGCUUAG